AUGGGUAAUAGUAAACAAAUUAAAAGAUCACUAACUGGUUCAAUUUUAUUAAAAAAACAAAUUUCACAAAUAUUUUUUAAAAAAUUAGAAUCAAUAUUUGGUAUUGCAUUAGCAGAGGAUACAUCAGAUAGAUUAAUGGAUUAUUUAAAUAAAUCAAUUGAUUAUUUAUUGGAUCAUUCAGUUAUUGAAGGAUUGUUUAGUAUUGAAAUUGAAGAAUCAAAAUUAAAAUCAACUAUAGAAUCAAUUGAAAGUACAUUGAUUACAGAUUUCUCAUUAACAACUGAUCCAUGUUAUGUUGCAUCAACUUUUAUUCUUUAUUUUUCAAAAUUACCAAAUUUAUUAUUAUCAAAGAUUUCAAGUCAAUUAAUUCAUUCUGUAGAGAUUUCACAUGAAGAAUAUCGUAUCAAUGUUAUUAGAUCAUUAUUAUAUUCAUUACCACUUCAAAAUAGAAAUAUUUUAAAAAUGGUAUUACAUUUUUUAAAGAAAUUUAGUUUAGCAUGUAAUAAUAAUAAUAAUAAUAAUAGUGAAAACAAUAAUACAAUAGUUGAAGAUAUUGAAGUACAAUCAGCAUAUAAUAGAUUUACAAAAGCAUUUAUGUCAACAACACCAGGUAAUUUUGAAAUAUCAUGUAAAGCUAUUAGAUUAAUGGUGAUGGAUAUUGAUGAAUUUGAUAAACUUCCACAGGAUAUUCAAUAUAUGGUAAAGGAUGGUGAAUCAAUUGUAAAGGCAGCAACAUUUGAUAGAUUGGUUGAGAAAUUAUUUGAUUUAUCUUAUGGAUUUAAAGAUCCAGAUUAUAAUUAUACAGUUUUUCAUACAUAUGAUUAUUAUACGACGAGUGUUGAAUUGUUGGGUAAAAUCGUUCACUAUUAUCGUAUAGCAUGUACAUUAACAACUAAAUUACAAAUGGAGGUUUCAAUUACGAUUUUAUCAGUUGCAAUGUUUUGGAUGAAAAUUCAUCAUAAUCAUUUAAUGACUGAUCUUCAAUUCCUUCAAAAGUUAAAGAUAUUCCUUGACUCUGUACCACAGGUACCACCAACUCAAGUAACUUAUUUCACCUAUUUUCAAACUUUCUUUAAACCUGUAAUCGAACCAUUAAAACCAUUAUAUGAACGUGGUAACAGUUUCUUGGGUCCAAAUUUAACUCAAUCAUCUGGUACAAGUAAAAAGAAAAAUCAAUUAAUUGAAAAAAUGAUGAUAAAUAAUAAUAUUAAUAAUAAUAAUAAUAUUAAUAAUAAUGUAAAUAGUAAUAGUAAUAAUAAUUUUAAUAAUAAUAUUGAUAUAGAUAUUUAUAAUAUUGGUUCAAAUAUAAUAGCACAACAAAUUACGAUAAUUGAUAAUGAAAUGUUAAUGGCAAUACCGCCAUCACAAUUUUUACAUAAAUCAUUUUCAAAAGAGAGUAAAUCACCACAAUUUCAUGAUAUGGUUAGUAAAUUUAACGAAUGGGCACGUUGGACAUCUUCAGAGAUUUUGUCAAAAGAGAAAUUGGUUGAAAGAGUUGUCACUUUAUCAUUCUUUAUCGAUUUAGCAAAGAGUUGUGUAGAGUUGGGUAACUAUAAUGCUGCCAAUGCAAUCGUUGGUGGUUUGAAUCAUUCUUCAAUCUCUCGUUUGAAAUUGACUUGGGAAAGAUUAUCAACAAAGGUCACCCAAGAUUAUGAUCGUCUAUUGUCAUUAUUCGAUCUUUCAAUGAAUUAUAAGAAUUAUCGUGACGAAAUUAAAUCUACCAAAGCAAAGAUUAUACCUUAUCUUGGUUUAUUCCCAAAGGAUUUAAUUGCAAUUGAAGAGGGUAAUGAUAAUUUUACAAAUAAUAAUCUAAUUAAUACUGAGAAAUUCCGUUUACUUUAUCAAACUAUUAAAAAGAUUCAAUCUUAUCAACAACCACUUUUCACUUUUAAAACUUCUGAACCAAUUAAACAAUAUCUUAAAAAUAUUUCAAAUGGUUUAUCAGAAGAAAAAGAUUUCCAUUCAAUUAGUCAUAAACUUGAACCAAGACAACAACAAACUCAAUAA